CUCCCGGAUCGCAUGAGGGACAUCAUUAGCCAGGUUGGAACCGUCUCGGACCUGGGAGUCAAUGUGUCCGAAUGGAUUAAUGCUAGGAAAUUGGCACGAGAUACAAAGUUCAUGAAUCUCCAGAGUUCCCGUUUACUCGAACGGUACAAAUCCGGAAAGUGCGUUGACCAGAGCAGAAGAAGAUCGAAUUCAGCUUGGAGCUUGGAACACUUCUAGAAUGUGGUGACACCCAUCAAACGUACGCUAUCUCAUUGAAUUAAUUAGUGUGCGGGUGUGUAGCUCUCGAGGACCUGGGUAUCUGGGGGAAAAAGUUAUGAUCAUGUGUCGUGUGAAAUCUUGGCAACUGCAGACAGAAACUAAUGAGUGGUGAUUCAAACGCUUCGAGUUAUAAUCUGGGUGGUAUGAGUGUGACGUUGUUGGUGUUCAUGUGUACGAUAUAAUUACAUUGAAGUUCGUUAACCUAAACCUUAAUAACGCCAAAAUCAAAUCAGCGCUAGAGAUCGGUCUCCUCGGCUUCAGUAAAUGGGAGGAAGAAAAAACCUGUCGAUGUCUGAUGCGAUGGGUUUGAUUAGAUGGUGGAGCUCAACCCCAUGGGAGUCCCUCUAAUCCGAAGUGACCGCUGGUAUUAAAAACGUACAUCCGUUUACGGUUAGUCGCCACUUUCUCCCCAUCCAUCGUCAUUAUCAACGAGCCAGCCGCCAGCCACCAAUUACGGUGCGAAUUUUUGGCACAGGUUCAACGUUCCGUUUGAUGUAGUUUACAUUUUUGUUUAAGCGGAUCUGACCUUUUCCGCCCAAAAACAUCCGUCGCAAGUCGCACGACAUAAAAGAAAGGUGCCGGCAAAAAAGACAAAGCAUUUUAAAUUCGACCAACAAUCAGCGCUGCCGCUGCCUGGAAUCUGCGAAGAAACCGAUCCCCAAAUUUUGGGGGGCAGCACCAAACUGCUGGAGCCGCAAAUUGAGACAAAGAAAAUAAUAAACAUUUUUAUAACAGACGGACGCGUAUUUUAAACAAACAAUUUCGCAGCAAGAAACCCAGUUCGGUCUCAUUAACCUACUGUACAAAUUUCACGACUAGAUACUCAAGUAAACCGGAUCAGUGAGCUUUUUGCAUACAAUUGCGAGCACUGAAACACAUUUAGGAAAGGAAAAUGGAGAAUGACCGGUCAGUACCUGCCAUCAGCAUACUUUUGCUUCUCGGGAUCUUCUCCUUGGCUCAUCUGGACGCGGUUGCUUCAAUUCAGAUCGACAAUCGACUGGUGCAGCCUCAGCAUGAUUGUUUCGAACGGAUAGCGCUGGGAGCUAUGUUACCAUUCGAAAAGACGUUCCGAAAUUCGGAUACAAAUUCGUUAAAAAUCUGUGAAACUCUCUGUCUAAAUGACAAAGAAUGCCAAACGUUCUCAUUUGGCAUUUCCGGGCGAGGUAAUGGAACCUGUCAACUCUCGGCAAACCUGAUCGAUGCCACUAACUCAAGACCUGUGGGGACCAUUUUCGAUCCAGAUUUUGAUCUCUAUACUCGAAAGUAUAACUGUUUUUUAGACUCGGGUGGACCUUCAAACGCACCCCCUAGACCUGGAGGGCUAAGCAAUUUUCCUGGUAACGAACUACCUCCAGGAGGAACAACAAGACCAACAUCUUCAUUCCCUCCUUCUGGACCACCAGAACGACCUGGACCUCCGAUAUUCUCACCAAGUGGCAGUCCGCCAACUGGCGAGCCCAUAUCGACUACCCAUGGAGGUUUCCCUGAAACACGACCCACCAGCGAAUAUCCAGGAACAUACUCAACCAGCAUCGGAACCACUUAUGGGCAAACGACAGGAGAAACACUUCCUGAAACCACCGCCCCUGGUGAAGAAUACUACACCACUAAGGAUCAACCUUCUUCAUCGAUAACCGGUCAUUACGGUCCUCCUACGAGUACUGCAGCUGGAACUACAGGAAUCGACAGGACGCCAACUAAACAAACGGCACCAACGGUGCCUGGUGAAGCACCCACUAAAUAUCCUUUGGAUAUCAGACCACAGUAUCCGAGUGGAUCAGGUCCUUCGAGGCCGAACACCUAUUCUUACCAGUACCCAAUGCUCUACGAAACCAACUAUCCAAUGCCUAAUAACAACGGACAUCUGCCUGAAAUGUAUGCUCAAAACAUUCCAUCCUUAGAUAGCAACUACCUUAGACCCGAAUACGCCGGAUACUUUGGAAGACCCACCAGUCCUUCAGCUUCUACGGGUAAUAUGAAACCAGUUGAUAAUACAAUUUCCGGAUAUGGUAGCACCGGGCCCCAAAGACCGUUGGAUAGUAAACCCUCUGGAUAUGGAAGUGGGGGAAGUCGCCCAACAGGAAUAGCGACAGGGCCCAAUGGAUAUGGCUAUGGAAGCAGCGUUAGCAGACCGCAACAACGGCCUCCAAGUGGUCCACCUAGUGGUGGAGAUGGUGGAUAUAAGGUGACGGAAGAAAAGCAGGAACAACCAAGCAGUAUGCGAC